AGUUUUUUGAUUACAUGAUUCAACAAGCAACAAAAUUGGAAUGGAAAGUUUUAUUAGAGAACAAAUCAAAGUUUCUUUUGGUGCAUUCUUCAUCAGGACAUAAGCAUGCUUUGAAAGAAAUUUUAUCAGAUUCUUCAAUUGCAAGCAGGCUUGCAGACACAAAGGCCAGCAGCGAAGUAAAGGCCCUUGAUACAUUUUAUUCUACACUUCAAAAUGAACCAGACAAAGCUUAUUAUGGGUAAGAGCUAAACGUUUACACGGGAUCUAAAUUUC